AACUAGGGGGUAUAAUUAACAUACAGUAAAUUGCAGGUAUUUGUUUAUUUUUGGCCCCGCUACACAGCUUGCAGGAUCUUAGUUCCCCCAGCAGGGAUCAAACCUGCACCCUCAGCUGUGCGAGCGUGGAGUCGUAAUCACUGGACCACUAGGAGUUCCCUAAAUUGCACAUAUUGAAAGCGUACAAUGAGUUCUGACAUCUGUCUAUACCCAUGAAACUGUCAUCUCACUCGAGAUAGGGAAGUGUCCCUUUACCUGCCACUUUGUGUGUGUGUGAUUUAUUGGUUGGAGAAGCUGAAUUUCACCCUGUAUACUUGCCCAGGGUCUGGAUUCUGCCCACAGUGUCCCUUUGGUGGAGUUUGGCAUGUUCCUGUCUUCUCUGUGUUCCUUACGUUGGUAGUUAAGGUUGGAGGAGGGUCCAUUCUCUUAGCAGGACCCCCGCGGAAGAGGCAGGUAGCGCAUGUGGGUCUGUGAUGGAAUGGCCUCAGACAUGGGAAUUCAUCAGGGUUGCACACAGAAUGGACAUAUCCUGGUCCUUCAUGGAUUAGCAGGAACGCCUUUAAAAGGUGGGACAGAGAGCCUGUACAGGAAGGCAACUCAAAGGCCUGUGCUUUCCUGCACGUCCUAGUUUUCAGAAGAAUGUAUUGUCAUCAUCCAUCCAGUAGUGACCAGUCGAUUUCUUUUUCAGCAUUUCGGUGAACCCGGGGACUUAAAUGUGUGAGGUGACUAUUCUGGCUGUUCUCAGGGCUCACAGGAACCUGCUGUCUCAGUGGAGCCUCUGCAGGGAACCCUGGUUCUUCUUCGUGGCCUCUGGAGCCCGAGUGUGAUGCUGGAUGUUAUAGAUUGGGCCUGUCACAUCAGAGAAGAGUCAGAAGUCUCCAGUGCCUGUUGGAUUUUUACCUUAAAAAGUUCACAGCGUGAAAUUUCUUACACUGUCGAUGUAGAUUCAGUACAAUGAUUGAGUAGAGGACCCUCCGGAUCAGGCGGCGGGCGCCUGGCUGCUGAAGGAUGAACGGAGAGGAGGAGUUCUUCGAUGCCGUCACAGGCUUUGACUCUGAUAACUCUUCCGGGGAAUUUUCAGAGGCGAAUCAGAGACUCACUGGCGUGAUUCAUGUGGACACCAGCAAAAGUAAUGGGAUCGGAAAAGUUGGGGACAGGCCUCCUCAGGAGAAUGGGAUUCAGAAGCACAGGACAUCUCUGCCUGCCCCGAUGUUUACCAGAAGCGACUUCAGUGUGUGGAGCAUAUUGAAGAAGUGCAUUGGCUUGGAACUGUCCAAGAUCACGAUGCCCAUAGCCUUCAAUGAGCCCCUGAGUUUCCUGCAGCGGAUCACAGAGUACAUGGAACAUGUGUACCUAAUUCACAGAGCCUCCCGCCAGCCCCAGUCCCUGGAAAGGAUGCAGUCUGUGGCGGCCUUUGCGGUUUCGGCUGUGGCUUCCCAGUGGGAGAGGACCGGCAAGCCCUUCAAUCCACUCCUGGGGGAGACGUAUGAGCUCAUCAGGGAAGACUUAGGGUUCAGGUUCAUAUCUGAGCAGGUCAGCCACCACCCCCCGAUCAGUGCGUUCUACUCGGAGGGCCUCCACCAGGACUUCCUGUUUCAUGGCUCCAUCUAUCCAAAGCUCAAGUUCUGGGGGAAGAGCGUGGAGGCAGAGCCCCGUGGCACCAUCACACUGGAGCUGCUCAAACAUAAGGAGGCAUACACCUGGACCAACCCUACGUGCUGUGUCCACAACGUGAUUAUCGGCAAGCUCUGGAUAGAGCAGUAUGGGACAGUGGAGAUUUUAAACCACAGGACUGGAGAUAAGUGCGUGCUUCACUUUAAACCAUGUGGACUGUUUGGGAAAGAACUUCACAAAGUGGAGGGGUACAUUCAAGACAAAAGCAAAAAGAAGCUUUUCAUGAUCUAUGGCAAGUGGACGGAGUGCUUGUGGGGCAUAGACCCCGUCACAUACGAGUCCUUCAGGAAGCAGGAGAGAAGAGGGGACUCCCUGCGGAAGACGAAACCGGACGAUGGCCCUGAGAAGGCUGAUGGCGAUGUGGUGGACACUGUGCCCGAGUCUCAGGAGACGGUGCAGGUCAUUCCAGGCAGCAAGCUACUCUGGAGAGUCAAUACCCGGCCCCCCAACUCCGCUCAGAUGUACAACUUCACCAGCUUCACAGUGAGUCUCAACGAACUGGAGACAGGCAUGGAGAAGAUCCUGGCCCCCACUGACUGCCGGCUACGCCCCGACAUCCGAGGCAUGGAGAACGGCAACAUGGAUCUGGCAAGCCAGGAGAAGGAGCGGCUGGAGGAGAAGCAGAGGGAGGCCCGGAGGGAGCGGGCCCGGGAGGAGGCUGAGUGGCAGACGCGGUGGUUUCACCGAGGCAGUAACCCGUACACUGGGACCCCCGACUGGCUGUACGCAGGGGGCUACUUCGAGCGGGAUUUCUCAGGCUGCCCCGACAUCUACUGAGAGGCCGGACCGGCCCCCAGACCCGGAGACCCAGAGGCUGGACUCCGUCAAGCGGCUGCUCUGAGCUUCCGCCACGGCAGAAACCAGCUUUUCUCAUGACUGUUCGUGGAGAUUGCACCGUCCCUGGUUGAGGAUUUAAUUCUAAUUAACUUUUGAUUGCCAAACAUUUUACUACUGUUGCAGCCUCUUCAUAAAACUUCCCUUGGGAUCAUCAUGUUUCCAUUAAGGUUUGAGAAGGAACAGUCUUUACAGUUCCCUUUAUGUGACAGGACGAGCUGGGCUGGCGUAGAGUACAGUACCUUCUUCAUUACAAAAAGUUAUAAAUAAAGGAAUUAAUGGGAAGGGUCCAUAUUCCUCCUCAUAAUGCAGCGGCAAAGUGUUUCUAAAAAUAUUUUAAAUCUGAACCAAUAACAGGAAAAGAUGGAUCUUGAGAAAAGUCCCACCAGGAGCCUUAUACAGACCAGGAAUUGCUUUUUAGAUCACGGUAACACGGAAGUGGAGGUUUUCAAAGCAGCCGAUUGAAUGAAAUGAAAAAUUGUCAGAGUUUGUAUUUUUUAAUCAAUCUUCGAUAAUGUAAAGAUUACUUUGAAAAUAUUUAAGUUCAAACUACUUGAAUAAUACUUUGCUGAAGAGCAAGAUAGGCAUUAAUCACCACUUUACACUGUCCAAAAUGAAGCAUUACCAUGACAACGAGGGUGGCCAGAAACUCUGACCAGUAGUUCCCAGAUGGCUCCUAGCCCUCUGAUCCCUGAGGCUCCCCCUCGCUGCAGGCCAUGCCGUCACACAGAGUGAGUCCCGCACGCACGACAGUCUACCUGUCCCUGCAGCACUCGUGUUCCUGUCAUGCAUGUGUGACCCGCCUCGGGGGUGUCCUCACCUCUGUGCGUGUCCACCUCCGCACACAUCUACACCCUGUGACUGUUUACUUUCUGUAGAGAUGCCAACACCACUGGCCGUGGCAGAGCUCUUUGAAUCGAAGACAAUCUGCCGUGUGCACACAUGCACAAGUGCAUACAUGCUACACACAUGCAGCUGUACACAGUGUGGGUUCUCAGCAAGAGGGUGUCGGCAUUGUGUGUCCUGGCUUCAAAACCACAUUUGUAAUUAAAACACUUUUAAAAGUGAA